AUGGAUAUACUGAAGCGCAAAGGCACCUCAUCGGAUUGGAGAGUCUCCAUUUUGCUUUUCUGCCUUGUUGCUGCGGUUGGCGGACAGAUUCGUUAUUCUAUACCAGAGGAGAUGAGAAAAGGGCUGUUUGUCGGAGACGUUGCAAAAGACCUGGGCUUGGAUGUUAAAAGGUUGGUUUCUGGUCGGGCUCGACUUGUUAUAGAUGAAGAUAACCAAUAUGUCGCACUGAACCAGAACAAAGGGCAUAUUGUUGUCAAUGAGAGAAUAGACAGAGAACAAUUAUGCGCCAAAAAAUCACCGUGCAGCUUUAGUCUAGAAAUUGUCCUCGAAGAUCCACUUGAAUUAUUUUCCAUAACCAUCGAAAUACAAGAUGUGAACGAUCAUGCUCCGUCUUUUCCCAAUAAGGAGAUUAAUUUGGAAAUAAGCGAAUCCACGCCAACCGGGACAGUAUUCCUGCUUGAUAGCGCAGCUGACCCUGACGUAGGAAUAAACUCACUGCAAACUUACUCUUUAAAGGAAAAUCGUCAUUUUGUCCUCAAACAACAUACUCGCACAGAUGGGAGUAAAUAUGCUGAAAUGAUGCUUCAGUCUGCUUUGGACCGCGAGCAGCAAAGCGAUCACGCGCUUAUAUUAACGGCUGUAGAUGGCGGGGAGCCGCAGAGAUCUGGGACCGUAAAGAUACAUGUAGCUGUUCUGGACGCAAACGACAACGCACCCGUUUUUACACAGUCCGUUUACAAAGCAUCUGUCUUGGAAAAUGUUUUGCGAAGCACAGUUAUUGCUAAGGUCAGUGCUGUAGAUGCGGACCAAGGUUAUAAUAGUAACGUUACAUAUUAUUUCACUCACUUAGGGGAGGAUUCGUCCUGUCCUUUCGAAAUAAAUACUUACACCGGAGAGGUUAAACUCACCGGUGACAUUGAUUACGAGGCUUCUCCAAAUUACGAAAUAAACCUUCAAGCAAAAGACCCAUGGGGCGUAGUGGGCGCCAGCAAAUUAAUAAUAGACAUAGCAGAUGUGAAUGACAACAGUCCAAUAAUCACAAUGGCUUCCUAUUCGGGUAAAAUUUCAGAGGAUUCCCUUCCUGGCACGGUUGUGGCGUUAAUCAGUGUUCAGGAUAAAGAUUCCGGUAAAAAUGGUCAGAUUAAUUUAAAUAUUGAUGAAAAUCUACCGUUCAAAAUUAAAUCGUCUCUCAGAAACUAUUACACAUUGGUCACGGAGCAAAUCCUCGACCGAGAAAAGCGCUCCAAGUACAACAUCACUCUCACUGCCACAGAUGAGGGCCUGCCUGCCUUAUCAAGCAGGAAAACUGUCGCGUUAGACGUCACUGAUAUUAAUGACAACGCACCAACUUUCAGCCAACGUGUUUACAGCACGCAGGUAAUGGAAAACAAUUCGCCUGGCGUAGCUCUGUUACAGAUCCACGCCACUGAUCCGGAUCAGGGUCAGAAUGCACGGAUAUCAUAUUUUCUUAUUGACGGCGAAGUUAAUGGAAAUCCGGUAUCCACAUAUUUCUCCAUUAAUACGGAAAGCGGAGUCAUUCAGUCUUUGCGUUCACUUGACUUUGAACAAGUCAAAGAGUACAAAAUACGAGUCCAAGCGCAGGACGGAGGGUCGCCACCUCUAAAUAGUAACACAACUGUUAUUGUACGUGUCCAGGACCAGAACGACAACCCUCCUCAGGUUCUGUACCCAGUCCAGACUGGUGGCUCUCUGGUGGCUGAACUGGUGCCUCGUUCAGCAGAUGUGGGCUAUCUGGUCACUAAAGUGGUGGCUGUUGAUGUGGACUCUGGACAGAAUGCCUGGCUCUCCUAUAAACUGCAGAAAGCCACAGACAGGGCGCUGUUUGAAGUGGGCUUACAGAAUGGAGAAAUAAGAACUAUCCGCCAAGUCACUGAUAAAGAUGCUGUGAAACAAAGACUGACUGUUAUAGUGGAGGACAACGGGCAGCCCUCUCGUUCAGCUACAGUCAUUGUUAACGUGGCGGUGGCGGACAGCUUCCCUGAAGUGCUGUCUGAGUUCACUGACUUUACACAAGACAAGGAGUACAAUGACAACCUGACUUUCUACUUAGUGCUGGCUUUGGCUGUAGUUUCCUUCCUCUUCAUCACGUGUUUAGUGGUUAUUAUAUCAGUGAAGAUCUACAGAUGGAGACAGUCUCGCGUCAUGUAUCACUCCAAUCUCCCUGUGAUUCCGUAUUAUCCACCACGUUACUCAGACACUUUGGGGACAGGGACUCUCCAACACGUGUACAACUACGAGGUGUGCAGGACGACUGACUCCAGAAAGAGUGACAUAAAGUAUGUGCAACCCAUGAGUCAAAGUCUGGUUAGUGUGGAUGACGCUGGAACUGAAACCCUGCAGAAUGGAGAGCAGCCAUCAGCAGUAUCUCAAAUGUCUACUCUGGCACAGAUCCGGUAUUCAAUCCCAGAGGAGAUGAAGAAAGGGUCCCUUGUUGGUAAUAUUGCACAAGACCUCGGUUUGGAUCUGAAAAGGCUCCGUUCUGGCCGGGCCCGCAUCGUUACCGGAGAAAACAUCCAGUACGUCGAGCUGAAGGCAGACAAAGGGACUUUGGUCGUGCACGAGAGAAUAGACCGAGAGCAGCUUUGUGGGGAGAUUGCGGACGACGCUGACGUCGGAGAAAACGGUCUGCAGAACUACAUUUUAAGUCCGAACGACAAUUUUGUUUUGAAACAACAUGUGAAUCCGGACGGCAGUAAAUAUGCUGAAAUGGUGCUUCAGAAACCCUUAGACAGAGAAGAACAGCCGCGCCUGUCUCUAAAACUGUUGGCUGUGGACGGCGGAAAUCCACAGAGAUCUGAAAGCGGAGUAUUGCACGCAGUGCGCUCAUUUGAUUAUGAGCAAAUCAAACAGCUUGUAUUCACGAUCAAAGCGCAGGAUGGAGGCUCCCCUCCACUCAGUAGCAAUGUGACUGUGAAAGUAAUGAUCCAGGACCAGAACGACAACCCUCCUCAGGUUCUGUACCCAGUCCAGACUGGUGGCUCUCUGGUGGCUGAGAUGGUGCCUCGUUCAGCAGAUGUGGGCUAUCUGGUCACUAAAGUGGUGGCUGUUGAUGUGGACUCUGGACAGAAUGCCUGGCUCUCCUAUAGACUGCAGAAAGCCACAGACAGGGCGCUGUUUGAAGUGGGCUUACAGAAUGGAGAAAUAAGAACUAUCCGCCAAGUCACUGAUAAAGAUGCUGUGAAACAAAGACUGACUGUUAUAGUGGAGGACAACGGGCAGCCCUCUCGUUCAGCUACAGUCAUUGUUAACGUGGCGGUGGCGGACAGCUUCCCUGAAGUGCUGUCUGAGUUCACUGACUUUACACAAGACAAGGAGUACAAUGACAACCUGACUUUCUACUUAGUGUUGGCUUUGGCUGUAGUUUCCUUCCUCUUCAUCACGUGUUUAGUGGUUAUUAUAUCAGUGAAGAUCUACAGGUGGAGACAGUCUCGCGUCAUGUAUCACUCCAAUCUCCCUGUGAUUCCGUAUUAUCCACCACGUUACUCAGACACUUUGGGGACAGGGACUCUCCAACACGUGUACAACUACGAGGUGUGCAGGACGACUGACUCCAGAAAGAGUGACUGUAAGUUCGGCCAAGCCGGUAGUCAGAACGUGCUGAUAAUGGACCCCAGUUCUACAGGAACGAUGCAGCGGAUACAGAGUGAAAGGAGCAUCCUGGAUGAACCAGACUCUCCUCUAGAGUCCAUCCUCCAACUGACUGUACAAUCGUUUUAUGGACUGCGACGUCAAAUAGGACUGCUUAUGUUGCUGUUUCAUGCGGUCAACAUGGUAGGUGGUCAGAUUCGUUAUUCUAUACCAGAGGAGAUGAAGAAAGGCUCUGUUAUUGGUAAUGUAGCGCAAGAUCUGGGUUUAGAUCUGAGGAGGCUCCGUUCUGGGCGGGCCCGUAUCGUGACCGGAGAAAGCAUCCACUACACCGAGCUGAAAUCAGACAAAGGGAUUCUUGUCGUGAAUGAGAGAAUAGACCGAGAGCAGCUUUGUGGUGACGUAACUCCAUGUAGCUUCAGCUUUGAGGUGAUUUUAGAAAACCCAAUGGAACUGCACAGAAUAACUGUUGAGGUUUUAGACAUCAAUGAUCACGCUCCCGUCUUCCCAAAUAAAGAUAAGCCCAUCGGCUUUGAAAUAGGCGAAUCAGCGGCAGUUGGAGUGCAGUUUCCACUGCAGAGUGCAGAGGAUCUAGAUGUGGGGCAAAACGCGUUGCAAGAUUAUGUUUUGUCGCCAAACGAAAAUUUUAUAUUGAAGCAACAUGCAAAUCCAGAUGGAAGUAAAUAUGUUGAAAUGGUGCUCCAGAAGCCUUUGGACCGAGAGCAGCAUCCCCAUCUGUCUUUAAAACUGAUCGCAGUUGACGGAGGAACACCACAGAGAUCGGGUACAGUAAAUAUAGAUGUGACUGUGUUAGAUGUAAAUGACAAUGCUCCAGUAUUUAACCAAUCGGUGUAUAAAGCAUCUGUGAUGGAAAACACCACGAAAGGCACUAGUAUUAUUACAGUGAAUGCCACGGACGCUGACAGUGGUUCAAAUGGAGUCAUUACGUACAGUUUGUCUAAAAUGAAAGGAAGUGCAGGGAAUGUAUUCAGUAUUGAUGAAAACACAGGCACAGUUUCUGUUUCAGGUCAGAUAGAUUAUGAAAAAGACAGAAAAUACGAGGUGAGAGUCGAGGCAAAGGAUCACGGUGGCCUAACCGGUACGAGUAAAAUUACAUUCGAUGUUUUUGAUGUCAACGACAAUGCCCCAGUUAUUAACAUAAUGUCAUUUUCUAGCCCCGUAUCUGAAGAUGCACGUCCUGGUACAACUGUUGCUAUAUUGAAUAUAAAAGAUGCAGAUUCUGAGAAUAAUGGACAAAUAAAAUGUUCUAUAGAUGGCAAACUUCCCUUUAAGAUCGAAUCAUCUUUAACAAACUAUUACAAUUUGAUCUCAGAUCAAUAUUUUGACAGAGAAUCUGUCUCAGAAUAUAAUAUAACAAUAACAGCCACUGAUAUGGGGUCUCCCCCACUCUCUAGCUCAACAAAGUUACAUCUUAAAAUCUCUGACGUAAACGACAAUGCACCUUUGUUUGAUAAAAAAAGCUAUUCUGCUUACAUCACAGAGAAUAAUUCCCCUGGAAUUUCCAUAUUUGCUGUCAGCGCGCGAGACUCUGAUUGGAAUCAAAACGCAAGAAUUUCGUAUAUUUUAGAGGACACACAAGUCAGUGGUAGUCCAGUUUCUACAUAUAUUUCUUUAAACUCUGAAACUGGAGUUCUUAGUGCGGUUCGUUCUUUUGAUUAUGAGCAAAUUAAACAGCUUCAGCUAGUAGUCAAAGCGCAGGAUGGAGGCUCCCCUCCACUCAGUAGCAAUGUGACGGUGAAAGUAAUGAUCCAGGACCAGAACGACAACCCUCCUCAGGUUCUGUACCCAGUCCAGACUGGUGGCUCUCUGGUGGCUGAGAUGGUGCCUCGUUCAGCAGAUGUGGGCUAUCUGGUCACUAAAGUGGUGGCUGUUGAUGUGGACUCUGGACAGAAUGCCUGGCUCUCCUAUAAACUGCAGAAAGCCACAGACAGGGCGCUGUUUGAAGUGGGCUUACAGAAUGGAGAAAUAAGAACUAUCCGCCAAGUCACUGAUAAAGAUGCUGUGAAACAAAGACUGACUGUUAUAGUGGAGGACAACGGGCAGCCCUCUCGUUCAGCUACAGUCAUUGUUAACGUGGCGGUGGCGGACAGCUUCCCUGAAGUGCUGUCUGAGUUCACUGACUUUACACAAGACAAGGAGUACAAUGACAACCUGACUUUCUACUUAGUGUUGGCUUUGGCUGUAGUUUCCUUCCUCUUCAUCACGUGUUUAGUGGUUAUUAUAUCAGUGAAGAUCUACAGAUGGAGACAGUCUCGCGUCAUGUAUCACUCCAAUCUCCCUGUGAUUCCGUAUUAUCCACCACGUUACUCAGACACUUUGGGGACAGGGACUCUCCAACACGUGUACAACUACGAGGUGUGCAGGACGACUGACUCCAGAAAGAGUGACUGUAAGUUCGGCAUAGCUGGGAGUCAGAACGUGCUGAUAAUGGACCCCAGUUCUACAGGGACGAUGCAGCGGAUACAGAGUGAAAAGAGCAUCCUGGAUGAACUAGACUCUCCUCUAGAGUCCAUCCUCCAACUGACUGUACAAUCGUUUUAUGGACUGCGACGUCAAAUAGGACUGCUUAUGUUGCUGUUUCAUGCGGUCAACAUGGUAGGCGGUCAGAUUCGUUAUUCUAUACCAGAGGAGAUGAAGAAAGGCUCUGUUAUUGGUAAUGUAGCGCAAGAUCUGGGUUUAGAUCUGAGGAGGCUCCGUUCUGGGCGGGCCCGUAUCGUGACCGGAGAAAGCAUCCACUACACCGAGCUGAAAUCAGACAAAGGGAUUCUUGUCGUGAAUGAGAGAAUAGACCGAGAGCAGCUUUGUGGUGACGUAACUCCAUGUAGCUUCAGCUUUGAGGUGAUUUUAGAAAACCCUAUCGAACUGCACAGAAUAACUGUUGAGGUUUUAGACAUCAAUGAUCACGCUCCCGUCUUCCCAAAUAAAGAUAAGCCCAUCGGCUUUGAAAUCAGCGAAUCAGCUACAAUUGGAGUGCAGUUUCCACUGCAGAGUGCAGAGGAUCUAGAUGUGGGGCAAAACGCGUUGCAAGAUUAUGUUUUGUCGCCAAACGAAAAUUUUAUAUUGAAGCAACAUGCAAAUCCAGAUGGAAGGAAAUAUGUUGAAAUGGUGCUCCAGAAGCCUUUGGACCGAGAGCAGCAUCCCCAUCUGUCUUUAAAACUGAUCGCAGUUGACGGAGGAACACCACAGAGAUCGGGUACAGUAAAUAUAGAUGUGACUGUGUUAGAUGCCAACGACAAUGUCCCCGUGUUUAACCAAUCUGUGUAUAAAGCAUCUGUGAUAGAAAACACAACGAAAGGCACUAGUAUUAUUACAGUGAAUGCCACGGACGCUGACAGUGGUUCAAAUGGAUUAAUUACGUACAGUUUGUCUAAAAUGAAAGGAAGUGCAGGGAAUGUAUUCAGUAUUGAUGAAAACACAGGCACAGUUUCUGUUUCAGGUCAGAUAGAUUAUGAAAAAGACAAAAAAUACGAGGUGAGAGUCGAGGCAAAGGAUCACGGUGGCCUAACCGGUACGAGUAAAAUUACAUUCGAUGUUUUUGAUGUCAACGACAAUGCCCCAGUUAUUAACGUAAUGUCAUUUUCUAGCCCCGUAUCUGAGGAUUCACGUCCUGGUACAACAAUUGCUGUUUUGAAUAUAAAAGAUGCAGAUUCUGAGAAUAAUGGACAAAUAAAAUGUUCUAUAGAUGGCAAACUUCCCUUUAAGAUCGAAUCAUCUUUAACAAACUAUUACAAUUUGAUCUCAGAUCAAUAUUUUGAUAGAGAAUCUGUCUCAGAAUAUAAUAUAACAAUAACAGCCACUGAUAUGGGGUCUCCCCCACUCUCUAGCUCAACAAAGUUACAUCUUAAAAUCUCUGACGUAAACGACAAUGCACCUUUGUUUGAUAAAAAAAGCUAUUCUGCUUACAUCACAGAGAAUAAUUCCCCUGGAAUUUCCAUAUUUGCUGUCAGCGCACGAGACUCUGAUUGGAAUCAAAAUGCCAGAAUCUCGUAUAUUUUAGAGGACACACAAGUCAAUGGUAGUCCAGUUUCUACAUAUGUGUCUUUAAACUCUGAAACUGGAGUUCUUAGUGCAGUUCGUUCUUUUGAUUAUGAGCAAAUUAAACAGCUUCAGCUAGUAGUCAAAGCGCAGGAUGGAGGCUCCCCUCCAUUCAGUAGCAAUGUGACUGUGAAACUAAUGAUCCAGGACCAGAACGACAACCCUCCUCAGGUUCUGUACCCAGUCCAGACUGGUGGCUCUCUGGUGGCUGAGAUGGUGCCUCGUUCAGCAGAUGUGGGCUAUCUGGUCACUAAAGUGGUGGCUGUUGAUGUGGACUCUGGACAGAAUGCCUGGCUCUCCUAUAGACUGCAGAAAGCCACAGACAGGGCGCUGUUUGAAGUGGGCUUACAGAAUGGAGAAAUAAGAACUAUCCGCCAAGUCACUGAUAAAGAUGCUGUGAAACAAAGACUGACUGUUAUAGUGGAGGACAACGGGCAGCCCUCUCGUUCAGCUACAGUCAUUGUUAACGUGGCGGUGGCGGACAGCUUCCCUGAAGUGCUGUCUGAGUUCACUGACUUUACACAAGACAAGGAGUACAAUGACAACCUGACUUUCUACUUAGUGCUGGCUUUGGCUGUAGUUUCCUUCCUCUUCAUCACGUGUUUAGUGGUUAUUAUAUCAGUGAAGAUCUACAGAUGGAGACAGUCUCGCGUCAUGUAUCACUCCAAUCUCCCUGUGAUUCCGUAUUAUCCACCACGUUACUCAGACACUUUGGGGACAGGGACUCUCCAACACGUGUACAACUACGAGGUGUGCAGGACGACUGACUCCAGAAAGAGUGACUGUAAGUUCGGCCAAGCCGGUAGUCAGAACGUGCUGAUAAUGGACCCCAGUUCUACAGGGACGAUGCAGCGGAUACAGAGUGAAAGGAGCAUCCUGGAUGAACUAGACUCUCCUCUAGAGGUGAGUUAA